AUGAAGAACCUGGCUCAGGGAGUCUCCAGGCAAAUCCAGCACGGAGAGAGGGGGCUUGCUUUGGAGAAAAUGCUUCCCUCGUUCUGCUUCAUUCUCCUUCCUCUGAUCGCCUUCCAUGCACCUCCUACGACUCCCGCAAAAAUAACCAAGAUUCCCGAGUGCGAUUCCUCCUCGGCCUUCCACCCCCCAUCCAAACAAUGUCAGCCGUUGUUAACGGGAGAUCUCUGCAAAGAUGGCGAACGGCUCGUCUUGAACCGGAGCACCAACGUAGCAGUAUGCCGAGAGUGGAAUUGUGGCGAGUCCGAACUUCCCCUUUAUACCCAUCCGAACGAGUGCGUCUCCAUACAGUUCCCCGGGAAACACUGCGGCGAAAAUCAGUUUCUUGUCGCGGAUAAAUCCGGCUUCGGGCAUUGCGAGUGUUAUGCAAACUUCGGAAAUUCAUACUACUUCGAAGAACGUUUCAUCUACUGGCCUCCAGACAAACAUUGUUACCGAGUGUUCACUCGAGGCCCCUGCGACCCAGGAAAGAUGUUCAUCUUCGACAACCGAUACGGAACCGCAGUCUGCCAAAGGAAUCCCUGCCCCGACGACAUGGUAUACUGGCUCUCUCGAGGCGAAUGCGUCUCAGAAGAAGACCCCACCCUCUGUCCGAUCGGGAAGUUGGCCGUAGAACGCCGCAGUGACAACCAAUUCGCCUUCUUUUGCCAGACAUAUGGUCAUUCCUUUGCCGGCACCUUCCCCUUUAUUUUUCGGCAUUGCUCACCCAGCGGAAUCAACAAGUGCAAAGGCAGGAUCUUUUUGGAUCCGUGUCCACCAGGGAAAAAAGAGCCACAAGGCUAG